CUUAGAGAGAGAUACCCAUUGACCUCGGAGUUGAUACAAGAGAACAAGAUUCCAGAGUUUGACAAUCUUUACUUGGAUUUCAACGGAAUCAUCCACAACUGCUCUCGCCUGAACGAUGAGGACACUCAUUUCCGACUUACAGAAGAGCAGAUCUUCACUUUGAUAUUCACAUACGUGGAUCAUCUCUUUGGCAAGAUCAAGUUGAAGAAACUUUUCUUUGUGGCGGUGGAUGGGGUGGCGCCAAGGGCGAAGAUGAAUCAGCAACGCAGCAGGCGUUUCAGAACCGCGAAGGAGGCAAAGGUGGUCCGGGAAAAAGCUGAAUUGAAGGGCGAGAAGUUGCCGAUGGAGAAGGCGUUUGAUAGCAAUUGUAUUGCUCCGGUGAACACCAUUUAUGGCACGUUUAUCGACCAGCUGCGGUAUUUCAUCCACAAGAAGAUUUCGGAGGACUCGAAUUGGCGCGAAGUCAAAGUGGUGCUGUCGGGGCGCGAGGUCCCUGGAGAGGGCGAGCACAAGAUCAUGGAGUACAUUCGCCUAUCGCGCGCGCAGCCUGGUUACAACCCCAACAUUCGACAUUGCCUGUACGGCCUUGAUGCCGACUUAAUCAUGUUGGGGCUGUUAAGCCAUGAUCCCCAUUUGUGUUUGCUUCGCGAGGAGGUCAAGUUUGGCCCAGCGUCGCGGAAAAAAUGGAAUACGAGCUUAGAAUCGGUUAACUUUUAUCUACUCCAUCUCUCGUUGAUGAGAGAGUAUCUUGACCUCGAAUUCCACGAGAUUCAACUAAUGUUGCCGUUCGACUAUAACCUCAAACGGGUGAUUGACGAUUUUCUCCCCGAUCUUCCCGAUCUUCAUAUACAUGAGAAUGGGCUCGAGAAGUUGUUUGAUGUAUACAAGAAAGUAUUGCCGGGUUUGGAUGGUUAUACAAACGAGGGAGGAGUGAUCAACACGAAGAGACUGCAAGUCAUUUUGGACGAGAUGACUCCAUGGGAACAGGGGGUGUUUGAGAAGGAGUAUUCCGAUUUGAAUUGGUACAAGGGGAAA